AAGUGGGUCGUGAAGGGCACCCCUCACGCUGCACUUGCCCCCAUCGUCCGGCCACGCGACCUCGUUUUCAUUGAGGCCACGGGGAUUCUGACUCGCGAAGACAGCAACGAACGCAUUGGAUAUCACCUGAUGCACUCGGUUAACAUCCCUGGCUACGGUCCUCUGGACGACAAGAAAAUUGCGCGCGCUCAAAUUUCGUCCUGCAUUCUGUACAGUGAGACCCCGGAGUCUCCGGGCGGCGUGGACGUCUUCAUGAAGGCUCGGUUCGACCCCAACGGCAACGUCUCCGAGAGCGUCGCAACGCACUCGGUAGCCCUCACGCUCAUGUACGGCGCCAAAGCCAGCGUGUGUGCGCAGAACAAGAAGCUGUCGUGGCUCAUCCGCUCAAGUCCAGACUCCUCAGCCCGCCAACGACCUGCAAGAUCGAUUAGUAUGACCCGACAACGAAGCUGCCCCAUUUGCGCCAAGAAUUUCAACAUGUUCAGCGGUACCGCCGCGUGCGAAAUGUGCUCGACCGUCGUUUGCCAUGCGUGCUGCGCCAAGAAAAAGUUGGGGUUCGCCAAGACCGGCAGCAAGAAGAUAAUCCUGCACCCAGUCGCCUUUUGUACGAGCUGCCUCCCUCACGCUCGCCGGUUAGAUGACUUUGAUGCCGCCCGACAAGAAGUGCUGGCGGGCUUUGGCGUCGAUGCAACGUCUGCCGCGACAAGCAGGUCAACUCCCAGCGUACACAACUGUCGGCGGCGCGACCUCCAGAAGAUGAAGACGCCACCACCACCACCUCCUCCUUCAAUAUCCAAGGCCGAAGCGCCAAAGCGCGUCAAUACAUGGGGGGUCGGUGACGUGGAGUCCCCAUCAGCUACCCGUCGCUGGGAUGAACUCGAGCGCCAGGUGGCAGCAUCCGGACUGGUUGAACCGAUCGACGAGAUGGAGGAAAUUGGCGAGAUCAAGAUCCACGAGAGCUCGCUUAUCAAAGUUGUGGACCACUGCGUCUCCCCCAAGCGAGAGACUGGGGCCCAAGAGGACUUCAUGGCGCGGAUCAUUGCCAUGCGCAACGCGGCCGAGGACGCGUACAUGACCACGCGCAAGACGGCCCAGGCGCAGUUCGAGCAGCUCACGAAGCCCCACAACAACCGCAGCGUCCGUUUCAGCCUCGACCCAGAAGCUCACGCCGUCCGGUAA